AUGACCGCAUCAUUACUCCUUCAUUCUCUCUGGAUUGACCCGGUGAUGUUCCUCUACGACAACGGCAUUGACGAAAGAAGUAAAAACAUGGAUGGAUUUGCAGGAGGCAAUUUUGCUGCAAACCAGUGUAGGAAUUUGUUAGCGCAUCCGACCUCGCUGGCUCCGAGCACCACCUACACCUCCAGUGAGGUGCCAGCUUCUGGCAUCGGGGAGCCUGUCAAACAAUGCAGCCCCUGUUCUGCAACUCAAAGUUCGCCAAAUGCAUCUUUGCCCUAUGGAUACUUUGGCAACGGUUACUACCCGUGUAGGAUGUCACACGGCAGCGUAAAGACCUGUGCGCAGCCCUCCGGCUAUGGGGAUAAAUACAUGGAUACAUCCAUCUCUGGCGAGGAGUUUCCGUCGAGGGCAAAAGAAUAUGCCUUCUAUCAAGGCUACUCUUCCGGACCCUACCAGGCAAGCUAUCUGGAUGUCCCUGUCGUCCCUGCUCUGAGUGCUCCCUCUGAGCCCCGGCACAAUGAGGCUCUGCUCCCCAUGGAGCCCUACCAGCCGUGGGCCCUCGCCAACAGCUGGAAUGGGCAGGUCUACUGCACCAAGGACCAGCCAAGUUCCAAUGCUAUAUGGAAGUCCUCUUUGCAAGAGCCUUUAUCCGUAGGAGAUGUGCAUUCCGUCCGCCGUGGGAGGAAGAAACGGGUCCCUUACACCAAGGUACAGCUUAAGGAACUGGAACGGGAGUAUGCCACCAAUAAAUUCAUCACAAAGGAUAAAAGAAGAAGGAUAUCGGCCCAGACCAAUUUGUCAGAGAGACAAGUGACAAUAUGGUUUCAGAACAGGCGCGUUAAAGAAAAGAAAGUUGUCAACAAAUUCAAGAGCACCAGUUAGCUUUGGGUAUAAUCAUAGAGAAUAAGGGACGCUCUGCCCCCCAAUGAACUCUGAAACGUUAUAAUUUAUUACCUAAUGAACUGUCUAUAUGACCUAACGGGUUCUGCCGGAUAGGCUAUUC